GGAUCACUACUACAUGGAGCCGAUCUAAUGAGGGGCAAGCGGUUCGCUGCGACCUGCAGCCGCCGGCCGGGACACGGCCUGUCCCUGCACUGAGCAUCGUGAACCAUGUUGGCGGUGUGUGUCGGCUCGGUGGGCGCCGUGAAGGCGCUGUGGGAAGGAAGGAUCCAACAGCUGACAGAGGAGCGAGAGAGGGAGGAGAAGCGGUCGGAGAGGAAGGCGCUGAAGGGGGUGACGGUCGUGUGGCAGGAGCGGAUAAACCUGGCCAGGCUGAAGGACAAGGUGGUCAAUGCAGAGGGAAGAAUUGUGCUAAAGAUAGAGAACGAAGCUUGGAAGUCACUACCAAAUGCAUUACGACAAAUGUCAUAUUUACAAGAAUGGCAGAUCCACAGAACUGGCUUGGAAAGCAUUCCUCGAUUUGUCGGAGUAUUUGAUAAUCUGCUUGUGUUGGAUCUAUCCCGAAAUUCAGUCAGAGAGAUCCCAAAGGAAAUAGGACAACUGACCAAACUGCAGGAGCUCUAUGUCAGCUACAACAGACUGCAACAAAUUCCGCAUGAGCUUGCUGGCUGCAAAAACCUGGAGAAACUGGAUUUAGCUGUAAACAGAGAUCUCUGCGAUCUACCUGAACAGCUGUCCCAAUUGCAAAGGCUUUACCACCUCGACUUGUCCAUGAACCGGUUCACUUGCAUCCCUCUGGCAGUUACGAACAUGCCUGCCCUGGAAUGGCUAGAUAUGGGCAGCAACAAACUUCAAGAGCUUCCGGAUGACAUGGCUAGAAUGGAGAAACUGCACACUAUUUGGCUACAGAGGAAUGGAAUCACCCACUUGCCAGAGACCAUCAGUAAAUUGAAAAAUCUCAGCACUCUGGUUCUAACAAGCAACAAGCUGCAGAAAAUCCCAGUUUGUAUGGAAGAAAUGAUCAAUUUGAGGUUUGUGAAUCUGAGAGACAAUCCACUUCAGCUAAAAGUUACACUAUCCGAGUGUGCAAGCCCAGAGGAAGAGGAAGACCGUGAAUUAUUUGGGAUAGAAUUUAUGCAAGCCUACAUACAGGAAUUAAAAAACAGCAAUACUCAAACUUGUACCUCAGUACUGUCAGUUCCAAUUGAAGGUGAAAUCUCCAAUCAAAUCUAGAUAUCACAGUCAUGAAACAAAUGCUGGAUUAAAAUAAAAUGCAAAGCUAAGUUUAUUUAUGUAAAAUUGGCUGGAUUCUUUGAAAUUGUGAAAUUAUGACCUGCUGGAACUUUGCUGGUGUGAACCAUCAAUAAAACACAACAAAGGAACACUCCACACCUGCAUUUUAUUCUUGUCACUAUAAGCGGCAGAAACAAGGAAUACUGCCUAGAUAACAAAUAAAACACACUGUUGCUGAUAGUUCACAACUCUUCGAUGACCAAUGAAUCUUACUUAACAGUCCUCAGUUUGUUGAAUUGUUGGAGAGGGAAUAGCUGUAAGCAGGACAUUUUCCAGUGAGACGCUGGGACUAGUGUAAUACUGCACAGCAGAAUCAAAUCCUUGCUGCUGCAAAUACCAAAUGCGACCUUGGUCUAUCAACCGCUUGCACAGGUGUCCCACGUGUUCUCGUUCCCCCGUGGUCAGCGUUCUGCAAAGGAUUUACAUUU